AUGGUGGAAGCGGAUGCAGCGCACCCGCUUUCCGUGAUGAGCUUGCCCAUCCUUGCAGAGCUGGUGCUUAGGAAGCUGAACCGAUGUCCCGGAAGCAUCGCUCAGAUCGCUCAGGCGAAGACGAAAGUGCCGCACAGACGUGCGCAGGAAGGAUUUGGCAGUGGCACUGCCAGUGUACAUGCAGGACUCCUGAUACCUCUGAGAAUUGCGCCGUCGGCAGCCCUAUCAGAGCAAGUGAGGGUGACAGGAAGAUCUGUCGUCCUAGUUUCGGGCCGGGUUUGCCCACUUAUCGUUUCGGCCCAUGCAACACGUUCCCCUGCGUCACGUCGCCAUAGCACAGCACCGUGUGCUUAG